ACUGAUUUAAGUAAAGUCAUGUCGGAUCCCAACGGAAAGAAUGAUCCACCAAAGGGGAAUGAUGCCAUGGAUAAAUCUUCGUUUGCUAGUAUUUUGGCUGGGGUUCAACGGAUGAGAGAUGAGUAUGAACCAAAGUCAUCCAAUCAACAAGAAACAGCAAGUACAUCCACAGCACCUCAACGACCAACGCCUCCAGCACGGCCAGCACCAGCAAGACCGCGUAUAGAGAGGCCCGUUGUGGUUCCCAGAACAAGAGUUGAGAGAACGGGUGUCUCUCGUUCUGCAACUCCGUCCGGAACAUCGCCGUCCCCAACACCAGAUAAUGCAUCAACCAGGAAUAUACGGCAAAAUCAACAAGUUCAGAGUCAUUCAGCUAUCCAGGUAGCCAACUCGCAAAAGGGGAAUCCUCUUCUAUCGCAGUCUCUAAUGAAAACACAGUCGUGGCAGUAUAAUGGCCUGAUACUAUCGGACUAUUAUAUCAACCCGCUAAUUCAAAUAUUGUUCUUAUCAUUGAAAUAUCAUAAAUUACACCCAGAAUAUAUAUGGACGCGAUUGAAAAGAUUAAAUAAAGGGUCGACGGUAGUAGGAGACGUUUCCAAAAACGAUCGAGCGCUUCGGAUUCUAUUGGUUGUUGUUGACAUUGAUUCACAUCAAGAGUCUUUAAGAAAAUUGGCUGAUAUUUGUAUCAAACACGAUUUAUCUUUAGUAUUGGCCUGGUCUUUCGAAGAGGCAGGAAACUACGUUGCUUUUUGCAAGCAAUUAGAGUUAUCGACAUCCAAGGUGAAUUCUACCAUUAAAGGAGUUAAAAAGGAUGAUUAUCAUUCAUGUUUAGUUGAUACUCUCACAUCGAUCAAAUCGGUGAAUAAAACCGAUGUGGUUAACUUAUUAGCAAACUGCAAAUCGUUUAAGAACAUUGUUAUUCAGAAUAGUCAAGGUAAUGGCAAACAAAUGGGGAAUAUUCAAGGUUUAGGGACAAAGAAAUUAAAUAAUAUGAAAUCGGUAUUUUCUGAACCAUUCAUUUACAAUAAAGAUUACAACCAAAUAAGUUGA